CUGAAACAGCUAUUCAUUUAUAAAACAAAAUUAUGAAAGGCACAGUCCUAGCACUCUUUUGCGCUAUAGCACUCAUUAGUGCUGAACUAAACGAGAAAGGGUGCCCCAUAAACCCUUAUGUGGACAUCCUUAAACCGCAUCCCAACUGUAACAAGUACUACCAAUGCGUCCAAGGUGAACUCUAUGAGCGGCCUUGUGCCUCAGACCUUUUGUUCAAUGAAGAAACACAGGAGUGUGACUGGGCAAUCAACGUUAACUGCGGCAACAGGCCAAUAGCCCCAGAGGGCAGCGGAGAAGCUGGAAACGACAGCAAUGCUAGUGGAGGCAGUAGCGAGUCUGGAGAUAAUAGCAACAGCGAUGGAGAACGCAGUAACGAAGACAGUGAAACUAGCGAGAGCAACUCAAGUAGCAACGAGAGUGGAAAUGAUAGCGGUAGUAAUAGCGGUGGUGGAAACGGAAACCCAUGUGAAGCUCCCAAAAUCUGUGCUGCUGAAGGUUCAGACGGUGUACUAGUAGCCCACGAAAACUGCAAUCAGUUCUACGAAUGUUCGGGAGGAUUACCUGUUGCGUUUUACUGCCCAUUAAAUCUAUUGUACAACUAUGAAAAAGAGCAAUGCGACUGGCCAGAGAACGUGAACUGCGAAGGCAGAAACCAAGGUGGUAACGGUGACAAUGGCAAUAGCAAGAGUGUAGAAGAUAGUAGUAGCGAAGAAGCAGACAAAGAAGACGGAAACAAUGACAAUAAUAAUAACAACGGUGGUGGAAAUGGAAACCCUAGCGAAGCUCGCGAAAUCUGCGCUGCCGAAGGGUCAGACGGUGUACUAGUAGCCCACGAAAACUGCAAUCAGUUCUACAAAUGUUCGGAAGGAUUACCUGUUGCAUUGGACUGCCCAUUAAACCUUUUGUACAACUAUGAAAAAGAGCAAUGCGACUGGCCAGAGAACGUGAAAUGCGAAGGCAGAAACCAAGGUGGUAACGGUGACAAUGGCAAUGGCAAGAGUGUAGAAGAUAGUAGUAGCGAAGAAGCAGACAAAGAAGACGGAAACAAUGACAAUAAUAAUAACAACGGUGGUGGAAAUGGAAACCCUAGCGAAGCUCGCGAUAUCUGCGCUGCCGAAGGUUCAGACGGUGUACUAGUAGCCCACGAAAACUGCAAUCAGUUCUACGAAUGUUCGCAAGGAUCACCUGUUGCGUUUUACUGCCCAUUAAACCUUCUGUACAACUAUGAAAAAGAGCAAUGCGACUGGCCAGAGAACGUGAAAUGUGAAGGCAGAAACGAAGGUGGUAACGGUGACAAUGGCAAUGGCAAGAGUGUAGAAGAUAGUAGUAGCGAAGAAGCAGACAAAGAAGACGGAAACAAUGACAAUAAUAAUAACAACAGUGGUGGAAAUGGAAACCCUAGCGAAGCUCGCGAUAUCUGCGCUGCCGAAGGUUCAGACGGUGUACUAGUAGCCCACGAAAACUGCAAUCAGUUCUACGAAUGUUCGCAAGGAUCACCUGUUGCGUUUUACUGCCCAUUAAACCUUCUGUACAACUAUGAAAAAGAGCAAUGCGACUGGCCAGAGAACGUGAAAUGUGAAGGCAGAAACGAAGGUGGUAACGGUGAUAAUGGCAAUGGCAAGAGUGUAGAAGAUAGUAGUAGCGAAGAAGCAGACAAAGAAGACGGAAACAAUGACAGUAAUAAUAACAACGGUGGUGGAAAUGGAAACCCUAGCGAAGCUCGCGAAAUCUGCGCUGCCGUAGGGUCAGACGGUGUACUAAUAGCACACGAAAACUGUAAUCAGUUCUACAAAUGUUCGGAAGGAUUACCUGUUGCAUUGGACUGCCCAUUAAACCUUUUGUACAACUAUGAAAAAGAGCAAUGCGACUGGCCAGAGAACGUGAACUGCGAAGGCAGAAACCAAGGUGGUAACGGUGACAAUGGCAAUGGCAAGAGUGUAGAAGAUAGUAGUAGCGAAGAAGCAGACAAAGAAGAUGGAAACAAUGACAAUAAUAAUAACAACGGUGGUGGAAAUGGAAACCCUAGCGAAGCUCGCGAAAUCUGCGCUGCCGAAGGUUCAGACGGUGUACUAGUAGCCCACGAAAACUGCAAUCAGUUCUACGAAUGUUCGCAAGGAUCAACUGUUGCGUUUUACUGCCCACUAAACCUUCUGUACAACUAUGAAAAAGAGCAAUGCGACUGGCCAGAGAACGUGAAAUGUGAAGGCAGAAACGAAGGUGGUAACGGUGAUAAUGGCAAUGGCAAGAGUGUAGAAGAUAGUAGUAGCGAAGAAGCAGACAAAGAAGACGGAAACAAUGACAGUAAUAAUAACAACGGUGGUGGAAAUGGAAACCCUAGCGAAGCUCGCGAAAUCUGCGCUGCCGAAGGGUCAGACGGUGUACUAGUAGCUCACGAAAACUGUAAUCAGUUCUACAAAUGUUCAGAAGGAUCACCAGUUGCCUUGGAUUGCCCAUUAAACCUUUUGUACAACUAUGAAAAAGAGCAAUGCGACUGGCCAGAGAACGUGAAAUGCGAAGGCAGAAACCAAGGUGGUAACGGUGACAAUGGCAAUGGCAAGAGUGUAGAAGAUAGUAGUAGCGAAGAAGCAGACAAAGAAGACGGAAACAAUGACAAUAAUAAUAACAACGGUGGUGGAAAUGGAAACCCUAGCGAAGCUCGCGAUAUCUGCGCUGCCGAAGGUUCAGACGGUGUACUAGUAGCCCACGAAAACUGCAAUCAGUUCUACGAAUGUUCGCAAGGAUCACCUGUUGCGUUUUACUGCCCAUUAAACCUUCUGUACAACUAUGAAAAAGAGCAAUGCGACUGGCCAGAGAACGUGAAAUGUGAAGGCAGAAACGAAGGUGGUAACGGUGAUAAUGGCAAUGGCAAGAGUGUAGAAGAUAGUAGUAGCGAAGAAGCAGACAAAGAAGACGGAAACAAUGACAGUAAUAAUAACAACGGUGGUGGAAAUGGAAACCCUAGCGAAGCUCGCGAAAUCUGCGCUGCCGAAGGGUCAGACGGUGUACUAGUAGCUCACGAAAACUGUAAUCAGUUCUACAAAUGUUCAGAAGGAUCACCAGUUGCCUUGGAUUGCCCAUUAAACCUUUUGUACAACUAUGAAAAAGAGCAAUGCGACUGGCCAGAGAACGUGAAAUGCGAAGGCAGAAACCAAGGUGGUAACGGUGACAAUGGCAAUGGCAAGAGUGUAGAAGAUAGUAGUAGCGAAGAAGCAGACAAAGAAGGCGGAAACAAUGACAGUAAUAAUAACAACGGUGGUGGAAAUGGAAACCCUAGCGAAGCUCGCGAAAUAUGCGCUGCCGAAGGUUCAGACGGUGUGCUAGUAGCCCACGAAAACUGCAAUCAGUUCUACGAAUGUUGGGAAGGAUCACCUGUUGCGUUUUACUGUCCAUCAAACCUUUUGUACAACUAUGAAAAAGAGCAAUGCGACUGGCCAGAGAACGUGAACUGCGAAGGCAGAAACCAAGGUGGUAACGGUGACAAUGGCAAUGGCAAGAGUGUAGAAGAUAGUAGUAGCGAAGAAGCAGACAAAGAAGACGGAAACAAUGACAAUAAUAAUAACAACGGUGGUGGAAAUGGAAACCCUAGCGAAGCUCGCGAAAUCUGCGCUGCCGAAGGUUCAGACGGUGUACUAGUAGCCCACGAAAACUGCAAUCAGUUCUACGAAUGUUCGCAAGGAUCACCUGUUGCGUUUUACUGCCCAUUAAACCUUCUGUACAACUAUGAAAAAGAGCAAUGCGACUGGCCAGAGAACGUGAAAUGUGAAGGCAGAAACGAAGGUGGUAACGGUGAUAAUGGCAAUGGCAAGAGUGUAGAAGAUAGUAGUAGCGAAGAAGCAGACAAAGAAGACGGAAACAAUGACAGUAAUAAUAACAACGGUGGUGGAAAUGGAAACCCUAGCGAAGCUCGCGAAAUCUGCGCUGCCGAAGGGUCAGACGGUGUACUAGUAGCUCACGAAAACUGUAAUCAGUUCUACAAAUGUUCAGAAGGAUCACCAGUUGCCUUGGAUUGCCCAUUAAACCUUUUGUACAACUAUGAAAAAGAGCAAUGCGACUGGCCAGGGAACGUGAAAUGCGAAGGCAGAAACCAAGGUGGUAACGGUGACAAUGGCAAUGGCAAGAGUGUAGAAGAUAGUAGUAGCGAAGAAGCAGACAAAGAAGGCGGAAACAAUGACAGUAAUAAUAACAACGGUGGUGGAAAUGGAAACCCUAGCGAAGCUCGCGAAAUAUGCGCUGCCGAAGGUUCAGACGGUGUGCUAGUAGCCCACGAAAACUGCAAUCAGUUCUACGAAUGUUGGGAAGGAUCACCUGUUGCGUUUUACUGUCCAUCAAACCUUUUGUACAACUAUGAAAAAGACCAAUGCGACUGGCCAGAGAACGUGAACUGCGAAGGCAGAAACCAAGGUGGUAACGGCGACAAUAUCAAUGGUAAGAGUGUAGAAGGUAUUAGUAGCGAAGAAGCAGACAAAGAAGACGGAAACAAUGACAAUAACAAUAACAAUGGUGGUGGAAAUGGAAACCCUAGCGAAGUUCGCGAAAUCUGCGCUGCCGAAGGGUCACACGGUGCGCUAGUAGCCCACGAAAACUGCAAUCAGUUCUACAAAUGUUCGGAAGGAUUACCUGUUGCGUUUUACUGCCCAUUAAACCUUUUGUACAACUAUGAAAAAGAGCAAUGCGACUGGCCAGAGAACGUGAACUGCGAAGGCAGAAACCAAGGUGGUAACGGCGACAAUAGCAAUGGCAUGAGUAUAGAAGAUAGUAGUAGCGAAGAAGCAGACAAAGAAGACGGAAACAAUGACAAUAACAUUAACAACGGUGGUGGAAAUGGAAACCCUAGCGAAGCCCGCGAAAUCUGCGCUGCCGAAGGGUCAGAUGGUGUACUAGUAGCCCACGAAAACUGCAAUCAGUUCUACAAAUGUUCGGAAGGAUCACCUGUUGCAUUGGACUGCCCGUUAAACCUUUUGUACAACUAUGAAAAAGAGCAAUGCGACUGGCCAGAGAACGUGAACUGCGAAGGCAGAAACCAAGGUGGUAACGGCGACAAUAGCAAUGGCAUGAGUGUAGAAGAUAGUAGUAGCGAAGAAGCAGACAAAGAAGACGGAAACAAUGACAAUAACAAUAACAACGGUGGUGGAAAUGGAAACCCUAGCGAAGCUCGUGAAAUAUGCGCUGCCGAAGGGUCAGAUGGUGUACUAGUAGCCCAUGAAAACUGCAAUCAGUUCUACGAAUGUUCGGGAGGAUUACCUGUUGCGUUUUACUGCCCAUUAAACCUUUUGUACAACUAUGAAAAAGAGCAAUGCGACUGGCCAGAGAACGUGAACUGCGAAGGCAGAAACCAAGGUGGUAACGGCGAAAACAGCAAUGGCAUGAGUAUAGAAGAUAGUAGUAGCGAAGAAGCAGACAAAGAAGACGGAAACAAUGACAAUAACAUUAACAACGGUGGUGGAAAUGGAAACCCUAGCGAAGCCCGCGAAAUCUGCGCUGCCGAAGGGUCAGAUGGUGUACUAGUAGCCCACGAAAACUGCAAUCAGUUCUACAAAUGUUCGGAAGGAUCACCUGUUGCAUUGGACUGCCCGUUAAACCUUUUGUACAACUAUCAAAAAGAGCAAUGCGACUGGCCAGAGAACGUGAACUGCGAAGGCAGAAACCAAGGUGGUAACGGCGACAAUAGCAAUGGCAUGAGUGUAGAAGAUAGUAGUAGCGAAGAAGCAGACAAAGAAGACGGAAACAAUGACAAUAACAAUAACAACGGUGGUGGAAAUGGAAACCAUAGCGAAGCUCCUAAAAUCUGUGCUGGCGACGGUUCAGAUGGUGUACUAGUAGCCCACGAAAACUGCAAUCAGUUCUACGAAUGUUCGGGAGGAUUACCUGUUGCGUUUUACUGCCCAUUAAACCUAUUGUACAACUAUGAAAAAGAGCAAUGCGACUGGCCAGAGAACGUGAACUGCGAAGGCAGAAACCAAGGUGGUAACGGUGACAAUGGCAAUGGCAAGAGUGUAGAAGAUAGUAGUAGCGAAGAAGCAGACAAAGAAGACGGAAACAAUGACAAUAAUAAUAACAACGGCGGUGGAAAUGGAAACCCUAGCGAAGCUCGCGAAAUCUGCGCUGCCGAAGGGUCAGACGGUGUACUAGUAGCUCACGAAAACUGCAAUCAGUUCUACAAAUGUUCAGAAGGAUCACCAGUUGCCUUGGAUUGCCCAUUAAACCUUUUGUACAACUAUAAAAAAGAGCAAUGCGACUGGCCAGAGAACGUGAACUGCGAGGGCAGAAACCAAGGUGUAGAAGAUAGUAAUAGCGAAUAUGCAGACAAAGAAGACAGAAACAAUGACAAUAAUGGUAACAAAAACAAUGGUGGUGGAAAUAGAAACCUUAGCGAAACUCCCAAAAUCUGUGCUGCUGAAGGUUCAGACGGUGUACUAGUAGCCCACGAAAACUGCAAUCAGUUCUACAAAUGCUCGGAAGGAUCACCUGUUGCGUUAGACUGCCCAUUAAACCUUUUGUACAACUAUGAAAACGAGCAAUGCGACUGGCCAGAGAACGUGAACUGCGAAGGCAGAAACCAAGGUGGUAACGGCGACAAUGGUAAUGACAAGAGUAGCGAAGAAGCAGACAAAGAAGACGGAAAUAAUGACAAUAAUGGUGACAAUAACAACGGUGGUGGAAAUGGAAACCCUAGCGAAGCUCCCAAAAUCUGUGCUGCUGAAGGGUCAGACGGUGUACUAGUAGCCCACGAAAACUGCAAUCAGUUCUACAAAUGUUCGGAAGGAUCACCUGUUGCGUUAGACUGCCCAUUAAACCUUUUGUACAACUAUGAAAACGAGCAAUGCGACUGGCCAGAGAACGUGAACUGCGAAGGCAGAAACCAAGGUGGUAACGGCGACAAUGGUAAUAGUGUAGAAGAUAGUAGUAGUCGCAUUUUUACAUCGCUCAACAAACAUCUGCGUUUUGUUAGGAUACAUACGGUGCGCCUCGUCUCUGCAAGCGCGCGCUGUGAGCGCGCCUCUACAGGCGCGCGCUAUCGGCGCGCCUCGCCUCUGCAAGCGCACGCUGUCAGUGUGCCUCGCCUCUCCUAG